AUGGUGCUACAGCUCGUGCAGGUGGCGUGUCGCGCUCGACUCGACCUACCCUCACCAGACCUCGCCUCGAGGCAGGCCGCAGAGUGCAUCGAAAUGACGGGCAUCAGCAAACAAAUCAGCCCGCAGCCUCGUCAUGCCCAGCAAAUGAUGUCUUCUGUCCUGGCGAUGGCCUCACCUGACAGACCUUCCCUGCCAGCCCCCUCCUGGCCUCGAAGUGCUCCCCGCCAGAAGCAUUCAUCGACAGACGCCACAAUCUCCCUCACAGCCAAUCCCUGCCCUGCCCAUCCGUCCGCAUCCCCGUCCACCUACACCGACACCCGUAGCAUCGCGUCGCGCAUGCGUCAAGCAGCUUGGGGAAGCUCCAGAAACCCGCCAGGCAGGCCAGGCAUCUCUUCCUCUUUUCCCCCUCCCCUUCCAAGGCACCUUCUGCAGCUCAGCUUCGCGCUGCGGCUGCAACGGCAUGAUAGUACCAUCCCAUAUCUCGCUCACAUUUCAGAAGGCCCAGCCAGCAAGAGCCCCGAGCGCCGGUCAAGGGGCGGCGCAGCAAGGGCCAGCAAGAAACGUCUCGCCGACCAAGGGAAGCGAGACACUCUCGCAGGCAUCGCAAAAGCUCCGAACCCCGAGCACACCAAUGAUGCCAAGCCAGCCUUCACAGGUAGCAGGCCGAGCUUGUCUGGGGCAGGCAAUGCGAACCAGGAAAUAGGGCCCAAAGCUCAUCCGCCGGCAGAGAAUAGGCCAGCAGCCAAGGCCCAGCCAGCGAUACAUCAGCCGCAACCCCGCUCCAUGCCCUCAUCCGCCUUGAGCUUGCUGCUUGCCAAGAGCAGAUGUCGAACCAGGUUUGAGUGA